AAAAUUAGUGCAUCGUAAUAUAUAUAUCGAAUUGUAUAUAUCCCUAUAAACGUGUUAUUUCAUAGACGAGUUAAAACGCUGACGGCCAGUAUGGUGCUAAGUGUCUAUCAGAGCCAAGAGCAAAUGUCUAUCAUAUACUUCAUGACGUAAAUGCUUGAAACCUUUAUUGGGAUAUGAGACCGAAGUCUGAAUUGCAUUGUGUAACCGUUGGCUCACCUUUUCAACGGAACCAUAUGGGCUUAAAUAAAAAAUUAAAGGCAAUGAUUACCUAAUAUAAAAUAAAAUGGUAAUUAGUUAAAUUGUAAUAUUGUAAAAAUGGAAAAGAUUAUUUUUUUGCAUUUGUUUUGAGUCCGUUCUCAGGCCAGUGGCUCAUUUUAAAACCGGUGAUGCAGCUACCAAUUAACAUUACAUGACAUUCACCAACAUCAUAUUCAAUAACUCGUUUUUACGAUAAGAAAAUCGGACAGACUUUUACUUCCACGAAUGAGUGAGACAACACUUAAGUAUGUCUCAAAUAGAACCAUACAUAACAUAUUAAGUAGGCUAUGUAUUGAACAUAAUAGGAGAAUCCAUAUAAAUUACAGAGGUUAUGAACAAUUAGUUUCAAAUGAUAUCGUUGCUACAAAAUAUGUAGGUACGUGUUUUUAUUUGUUAUGCGUGACAUUUUAUAGAAUAUUUAUUUAUUACUGUAUAUUAGUACAGUCUAGAUUAAUUUAUUUUUAGGUGAAGAGGAAAUUGUCGAAUAAAAUCUCUUCUCGCUCAACAAUCUGUGUCUUGGAUGAGCUAGAACUCAUACGAGACAAAAGGAGGUCAAGGUGAAGGGCUUUUUACAAACUCAGGACUCAAGGGCUCACAAGAAAACUUAACAACUAUCCGAGUGCCCUAAGAGAGACCUAGCAGCUCAAGGACAGCUGCUUCGCGAGUGCAUCUAAAACAAGAUGGUAUUCGCGAUCUACUGAGAAGAUCCGAUGAGACUAUUAUUAUGGGCUAAGUUUCACGUUAAGCUCUUUUUCGAGUUCGAAUACGCUGAGCUGUGGUGAUGUUUACUGCUGCUAAUAGUACUGAGAUUGGAUCGAGUGGGUCCAUAAGGACGUGUCGCGUUUCCAGCGAAGCGCAUGUCUUCCCGCCAUCGUGUCAUGACUGGACGAAUUUUCCGAAUGGGAAAUCCUCGAUGCCACGAUCGUCACUCGUCGGGCUAUCCGAAGCCCACAUCACAAUUUAUAUACUAGAUUUUUUACGGUUUUGUUAUUUCCACAAUAACAAUGUCGAAUAAUACCUUUGUAAGCCUGUGACCACAAAAUCCAUAUUAUUUGAAAAAUAUGAAAAUAAUAAGCACGAGAUUUAAUUAUUAUGUAAAACUAUUUUUAGCUAUGAUUUUCUCCACAAUCAAUACGGGAUUCUGUAGCCUUUUUUAUAUUAAUAAAUGUUUACGUUUUUAUUCUUGCACGUGUAUAAUAUGUGUACAUAUUAUCUUCGAAUAUUUUUCCAUUGUACAAAUAUGAAACGGUUGAACACACCUGAAACCAAACAAUACAGAUUAUGUUCUAUGGCUUCGCUUAUGCCCUCGGGGUCUGAUCUACUUAGUAGUCCAGUAACAGUCACCUCACUAACCAAUUUAAUGGAUGCUUUGUAAGCAAAUCAAGAAACAAAAAGAAGACAACAGUUCUGAUUUCGCAAAAAAAACCGCUUUCCGUUAGACGUUCAUAAUGACAGAGGAACCAGAAUGUCAGUUGCGUAGAAGGCGUUCGUCUGCUACUUCAAACAUUCAAUUAAAUUUGGACGUGGGCUAUCAAGUCAGUGAAGGUCAGCCCGCUGAAGAUACGCCAUCUCCGAGCACUGCUAAAGUAUUAGCAAAGAGAUCCUCAUCAGCGGCUUUUAUGGAGUUUAAGAAUAAGCAGCAGUCUUUUGAUAUCCAGAUCGAAGAAUGUGAGGAGGAAGAAAUUCUAGUGGAUUCAGAAGACGAAGAAGAAAACACCGUUUCUGGAAUAAACCGGUCUCUCACACCAGUUCCCAUACAAGACUUCGCCGCUAACGUCGUUUAUACAGAAGGCCCUCAAGCUACUGAUUUCUUGAGAGUGAAGACAACUGAAGGCGAUUGCUACACUGAUGUAUCAGAUGCAGACACCGAAGAAGAAGAAGAAUGAGAUCAAAUCUGUUUAUAUUCACUAAAAUUUAUUUAUUAUUUCAUAUCAUAUUAUACAAUUACGUACUUAUUAUUUAUUGCAAUGUAAUUGUAAUCGUAGAAAAUUUAGUAAAACUCACCAACAUUUAAUAUCAAGAUACAAGUUUUAAACUUAUUUAAAUAAAGAUAAAAAUUAUA